CUUCAUCAUAUCAUAAUCAUAUAUACCAAUACCAUUACGGCAUUACCAUUACCACACACACACACUCUCUCUCUCUCUCUUUCUAACUUUUAUUCUCUCUCCUAUUCUGCAUUUCUUGUUUUGAUUCGUAUUUUCCUGGUACAUAUUAAUCUGUCCAAACCUCCCUUACCCUUUUUCAACAAAGCAUUAUUCCAUUUCUUCUUGGCUCUCCUUCUUUUUCCCACAACCAUUUCUCUCUCUCUCUCUCUCUCUCUCAACUUUCAACUCUCACCAUUCUCUUUAGUUUCUGGUUUGAUCAGCAUAGCCCUCAAAAGGCUAUACAAAUAUGAAGAAGAGUGUUUUUAAGCUGGAAUUAGAAGAUGACAAAGCCAAGCAGAAGGCCUUGAAGACUGUCUCCACUCUUUCAGGGAUUGAUUCGAUUGCAAUGGACAUGAAGGAUAAGAAACUAACGGUCAUAGGAACCGUGGAUCCCGUAAAUAUAGUGAGCAAACUGCGCAAAUAUUGGGCAUCAACAAGUAUGAUCUCAGUUGGGCCAGCAGAAGAACCUAAGAAGAAAGAAGAGCCGAAGAAGGAGGAACCCAAGGCCGAGGAAGCAAAGAAAGAGGAACCCAAGAAGGAGGAAGCUAAGAAAGAAGAAGAGAAAAAAGAAGAACCCAAGAAGGAAGAAGAGAAGAAAGAGGAAAAGAAAGGAGAAGAGAAGAAAGAGGAAAAGAAAGAAGAAGAGAAAAAGAAAGAAGCACCUCCACCAGACCCUGUUUUAGAGCUUGUUAAGGCUUACAAAGCAUAUAAUCCCCAACUCGCCGCAUAUAAUCCCCACCUCGCCGCACAUAAUCCAUUCCAAACCUCAUAUUACUACGUCCAACCAAUGGAGGAGAAUCCAAAUGCUUGUGCUAUUUUAUAAUUAAUGGGCUACCAAAAACUGAGUGAAAAGAUUAAAUCUUUUCUUUGUUGGUAUAGGAGGCAAACACCCAAGAUUGGUAGGAGCUCUUGUACAUAAAGAUGGUGAUGCUUCAUUGGUAUGCUUAGAAAUUAAUAAUGUGUAGAAAUAAGUUUUGGAAUUUGUUUUGAACACUAUAUAGUAUCUAUAUUUUUGGCACGUAAUGCUUUUUUUUGGAAA